AUGCGUGACAUGGGGGGCGUGUGGUUUGCGAACAUCAUGUCCUUCUUUUCUGGUCUCUUCCUCUUCCUCCGCCCACGGCAAACAAAAGGCACUGGAAGCCGUUGCAGUGUAGACCUGUUGACGCUCAUGCAGAGGCGACGAGUACGCUCAGUCUCGACGCGUUCAGGCGCACGGUGCGAAAACCACCGCGGAGGCGCCGUCAGCUCGCGAGAAACAGUGAAGAAGCGGCGGUCCUCGAAGGUGCCCUUGUUAGUUGAACGAUCAGCGAACAGAAAUGAGCUCUCGCAGCAUGAUAGUGAAACUCCCGCGUGUGAAAGAAGAUCACAACUGGUGUUGCGGGGUGAUUGUACUCAGCGGCCAUCCUCUGCUUCUUUUUCCUCGCGCCAAGUGAACAUGUUACCUGCGUUUUGCGUGCCGCACUAUCGAUGGUCGCCGCUGCACACAUCUUGCGCUCACGCGGUAGCGGAGGAGCACGAGGCUGUUAUUCAGUGGUAUGAACAGAAUAUACGACCAGGUGAUGUAAAUUUAGACGACGAAGUUGGAACUGCGUGGCUUUCAACGGCAAGGUCACGGUGCGACGCGCUGUGCACGUUUGCACAGGAGCAUCGCACCCUGUAUGGCUCUCUAGACGCGGACAAACUUCAAGAGAUGGAGGCGUGUUUGUUUCGCCUAUUGCUCUGUGUAAAGGGGGCCGAAGAGCAUUGGAGUUUGCUCUCAACCAGGUCGUCUGUGGGCGCGUCACGGAAGACAACUAGAACUGCGUGUCAGCAGACUGUACCGCGUGAGAAGCACAUUAGCUUUGCGAAACCUUUGUUUCACUUUUUUUCUUCCGUGUCAUUGCCUGAGAAUGACGAGCCAUCGGGAGGUAGCUUGGCCGGUUUCGCAUCCUUGGCCUUGGCAGAGGAGGACAGUGCAGCUGAGGACGAAGACGUUGCUGAUGCCCCCUACAAAGGCCGGAGCAGUGGCGUCUACUACGGAGACAUUUUUUCUGCGCUAGAAGUCGUUGAGGCAAUUCCUGCUGAGCAACCUAUUCUUGAAGAGACAAACGCGCUUUCACGGCCACAGCCGCAGCAAAGAUUGAGUGGCCCAAUUGCUACGGAGUGCACAGUCGAAAAUGUGCUGCAUCCGGUUUUCCAUCCCUACCGGCUCUUCCUUACGAUUUUCGGGCUCGGGUCGGGGGUAUGGCGACGGAGAAGAAUACCGCCUUGGAAGAAAAUGUGGUUGUAUAUUUUGGUUACCAGCGCCUGUUGCGUGCUUUCCUUGCUGGUGGUUUGCCGGCGUUGGUAG